CACACCCAAGCAGAGGGCUGGUUUAAAUCAUCUCGGUCCAGGGAUUGAGCGAGAGGGGAGGAAAGUGAAGGCUGGCAGGUCGGCAUUGGAGAUGGGCAGCACCGUAGGACUCUGCUCCAGUCCAAGGGCUUGGGGAUGUGGCUGGAAUGUCACCCAACUCCUGUGCUUUGCUGCCAUUAGCUGGGUGCUCAUGACUCAGAUGGAAGUGGGAGCCUGGACCUACCAUUAUGGUAACAAAUCUGAUUACUCAUGGGAGCUGGCCAGAAACUUUUGCAGGUCAUUCUACACUGACCUCGUAGCAAUCCAGAACCAGGGGGAAAUUGCUUAUCUCAACAGUGUCUUACCCUACUAUAAAACAUACUACUGGAUUGGGAUACGAAAGAUAAAGAAUGUCUGGACCUGGGUUGGUACCAACAAGGUCCUGACGAAGGAGGCUGAGAAUUGGGCUAACAGGGAACCCAACAAUAAAGGGAGGAACCAAGACUGUGUGGAGAUUUACAUAAAGAGGGACCGUGAUGCUGGAAGAUGGAACGAUGAGCACUGCCAAAAGAAAAAGAAGGCGCUGUGUUACCAAGCAUCUUGUCAGCGUUCCUCCUGCAGCCAGCAUGGUGAGUGUGUGGAGACCAUCGGGAACUACACCUGUGUUUGCUACCCUGGUUUCUACGGGCCUGAGUGUGAAGAAGCUGUCAAGUGCCCAGUGCUGGAUUCCCCGGGCAGGGGCCGAUUAAACUGCACUCACUGGCAUGGAGACUUCACGUAUAAUUCCACCUGCACCUUCUCCUGCGAGAUGGGCUUUGUGCUGAAUGGAUCAGAGAAGCUGGAGUGCACAGCCCUGGGACAAUGGACAGGUCAAACCCCGCGCUGUAAAGCUGUUACAUGCCCAGGUUUGGCUGCCCCUGGCAGAGGCCGAUUAAACUGCACUAAUUGGCAUGGAGACUUCACGUAUAACUCCACCUGCGCCUUCUCCUGCGAGACGGGCUUUGUGCUGAAUGGAUCGGAGAUACUGGAGUGCACAGCCUUGGGACAAUGGAGAGGGCAAACCCCGCGCUGUGAAGCUGUCAAGUGCUCAGUGCCGGAUUCCCCGGACAGAGGCCAAUUAAACUGCACUCAUUGGCAUGGAGACUUCACGUAUAAUUCCACCUGUGCCUUCUCCUGUGUGAUGGGGUUUGUGCUGAAUGGAUUGGAGAAGCUAGAGUGCACGGCCCUGGGACAAUGGACAGGGCAAACCCCGCGCUGUGAAGCUGUUACAUGCCCAGGUUUGGCUGCCCCUGGCAGAGGCCGAUUAAACUGCACUAAUUGGCAUGGAGACUUCACGUAUAACUCCACCUGCGCCUUCUCCUGCGAGACGGGCUUUGUGCUGAAUGGAUCGGAGAUACUGGAGUGCACAGCCUUGGGACAAUGGAGAGGGCAAACCCCGCGCUGUGAAGCUGUCAAGUGCCCAGUGCUGGAUUCCCCGGGCAGGGGCCGAUUAAACUGCACUCACUGGCAUGGAGACUUCACGUAUAACUCCACCUGCACCUUCUCCUGCGAGACGGGCUUUGUGCUGAAUGGAUCGGAGACACUGGAGUGCACAGCCCUGGGACAAUGGAGAGGGCAAACCCCGCGCUGUGAAGCUGUCAAGUGCCCAGUGCCGGAUUCCCCGGACAGAGGCCAAUUAAACUGCACUCAUUGGCAUGGAGACUUCACGUAUAAUUCCACCUGUGCCUUCUCCUGUGUGAUGGGGUUUGUGCUGAAUGGAUCAGAGAAGCUAGAGUGCACGGCCCUGGGACAAUGGACAGGGCAAACCCCGCGCUGUGAAGCUGUUACAUGCCCAGGUUUGGCUGCCCCUGGCAGAGGCCGAUUAAACUGCACUCACUGGCAUGGAGACUUCACGUAUAACUCCACCUGCGCCUUCUCCUGUGAGACGGGAUUUGUGCUGAAUGGAUCGGAGACACUGGAGUGCACAGCCAUGGGACAAUGGAGAGGGCAAACCCCGCGCUGUGAAGCUGUCAAGUGCCCAGCGCUGGAUUCCCCGGGCAGGGGUCGAUUAAACUGCACUAAUUGGCAUGGAGACUUCACGUAUAACUCCACCUGUGCUUUCUCCUGCGAGACGGGCUUUGUGUUGAAUGGAUCGGAGACACUGGAGUGCACAGCCCUGGGACAAUGGAGAGGGCAAACCCCGCGCUGUGAAGUCAUGAGAUGCCCCAAGCUGAGGGGCCUAGAGCCAAUUCUUAUGAAUUGCUCCCACCCUCUGGGAUCCUUCAGCUAUGGGUCAGUGUGUCGCUUCCGCUGCACUCAGGGCUACUUCCUCAAUGGGACGAGCAGGGUGCAGUGCCAGCCUGAUGGGCACUGGUCAGACAAGAUGCCUGCCUGCCAAGGAGAGGCUGCUCCCUAUUUCAAGCAAGUCCUGCUUUAUAUGGGUGGUGGAGCUGUGGCCCUUGUGGCCCUGUUGCUGACAGGAAUGUUCAUAGCUCUGCUAAUCAAGCGUCUCAGUGACAAAGAGGAAGAAAAAAUGCUGCUGAAUCCCACCAGUAACCUGGGAGCACCUGGUGUCUUUACAAAUGCAGCGUUUGACUCCAACUUGUAAGUGUGAUUUCUGUGACAAAUGGAGCCAGAACUGCUGAGGAGUAUGCUGAAGAGUCCCACCAGCACAUCACGUUUGGCAGUUGAGCUAUUCCUGAAGCUCCAAAGUGAUGAGGAGUCUGAUGAUGAUUGCGAGUAGCCUGACGCAUACGACACGACAUUGCUUGUGGCUUUCACGGAAAUGCUCAGCACCGUGGAACGCCGCUUUUGGGCUAGGGAA